AUGUGUGAUAUAGCAACUAAUGAUGAUACUAGAAAUGAAUCAGAAUUCAGCAGUAUCUUCUGGAAUAGCAUGAACACUGAAAUAGAUUCAUUUAGAUCUCCUUCAGAAAUUUCGAUACCCGAAGGAGUCUCAAUCACUGAUGAACAUUGUGAUGAUGAUGAUAAUGAUGAUAACUGUGAUAAUCGUGGUCAAGAUCUAUCGCAAUGUAUCAAUUCUAAUAAUCCAGAAUCAGUCGCAUCAUUGAUGAGUGAUAAGAAAGAGAAUGAUGAAGUAAUUGAUGAAACACUUUUACCUUUAAAACUUCGGCAGAAGAAAUGGAUUGUUGGAAAUUUCCUUGGCAACGGUUCGUUUUUUCGUGUUUACCAAGCAUAUUCUGAUGGUAUCUUAUUAGCAAUUCGUAGACGAUACUUUCGCAAUCAAAACAAUACAACUGCCACUAAAGCCGAUCAUGAAAUUGAAAGCGAAUAUCAAGCAUAUCGAAAGCAUGUAAUUGAUGUAUUAUUAAAAAUUGGUUAUCAUGACAACAUUGCAACGUUUUUCGGAUCACGACGAGUUGGUGUUAUUUGGGAAAUGUUUAUCGAAUUUGCUGCUGGUGGUGAUUUAUUUCAUGAAAUUGAUUGCUAUCGAACGCAUAUGGGCCGAGUACCAGAAGAAAUAAUAACGUCAAGAUUUCGUGAUUUAACACGUGCUGUCGCAUACUUACAUGAACGUAAGAUAGCACAUUUAGAUAUUAAAGUAGAAAAUUGUUUGAUAACUAAAUGGGGAUCAUUGAAAUUAUCCGAUUUUGAUUAUGCAAUAAUAUUUAAUUCCGAUACAACAGUUUCACCAACUCAAAUUGGAACGAGAGCAUAUGCGCCACCACAGCGAUUUAGUUCCUCUACUAAGCCUGAAUGUGCUGAUGUUUGGUCCUGCGGCAUUGUUUUGCUCUUAUUAAUUACAUUUCGUAUUCCAUGGGUUGCCGCACAUAAAAAAGAUCCUACCUAUGUAAAAUGGUUCAAUUAUAUUAAUGAAAAGAAAACUAAUAAAGGAUCAAACUGUAUAUUUCCAUUAGAAUUUCCGGAUAAUACUAAUUCAAAAUUUUCAGAUUUACUCGAGCAUUUAUUGGAUCCGAGUGAGGAUACCCGAAUGAAAAUUACAGAUGUCGUAAAUAUUUAUUGGUUAAAAAACGAAUGUUGUAAGCCAUUUGUUGUCGGUGAAAAACAUUAUGAAUAA